CUCCUCUCCCCCUUUUUUAUUCCCACUCCACCCCCCCUUUCCCCCCCUCCCCUCCUCGUGCUCCGCUUUCUCCCCCCAAAUUCCUCGCCGCCCUCGGUCGUCGCCGCCGCCUCCGCCGCCUCGCCUCCCGGAGAUUCGCCGCCUUCGCCGCCGCCGCCAUGAAUCCCGAGUAUGACUACCUCUUCAAGCUUCUGCUCAUCGGAGACUCGGGCGUCGGGAAGUCUUGCCUGCUUCUGAGGUUUGCGGACGAUUCAUAUCUGGAGAGCUAUAUCAGUACCAUCGGUGUUGAUUUUAAAAUCCGCACUGUUGAGCAAGAUGGGAAGACAAUAAAGCUGCAAAUUUGGGAUACUGCUGGCCAAGAGCGAUUUAGGACCAUUACAAGCAGCUACUACCGUGGUGCCCACGGGAUCAUUGUUGUUUAUGAUGUGACUGAUCAGGAGAGCUUCAACAAUGUCAAGCAGUGGCUGAAUGAAAUUGAUAGGUAUGCUAGUGAAAAUGUGAACAAGCUCUUGGUGGGGAACAAGUGUGAUCUAGCUGAGAACAGAGUGGUUUCUUAUGAGGCUGGCAAGGCCCUUGCUGAUGAGAUUGGAAUACCAUUCCUGGAGACCAGUGCGAAGGAUGCAACAAAUGUGGAGAAGGCAUUCAUGACCAUGGCAGGAGAGAUAAAGAACAGGAUGGCAAGCCAACCGGCUACAAAUGCAAGCAAGCCUGCAACCGUGCAAAUGCGAGGCCAACCUGUUGCCCAGCAAAGCAGCUGCUGCUCUUGAUUAUCAAUCUAGAUCACAAUAGUGUGCUUGUUUGUGCACCAAGCAACACUUAAUUGGUUGCUCUAUCCCUGUAAAUUAAGUCUAUUAGUACUAUCAAAAAGCUUGAUGUGUUCUGUGUCGGAUAUUAUUGGAAAAAGUCUGUCCCCUAACUGUAACGAAGCGGCAGAUGCUGUGGGCCUGUUUUAACUGCCUGUUCAUAUUUCUAUGUUUCAAGUGGCAUCGAUGUUCGACUUUAUUCGAUUAA